AUGUGCAACAAGCGCCAACUUGAAGACGUCUCCCCGGAGCAGUUUAAGAAACUGUAUCGUCUGCUUCGUCGCGGCGAUGCCUUUUCUAUUACUGGUAAACCACAUCGCACUGGUCGAGGCGAGCUCACAGUCGAUGCGACGGAGUUGCCUACAUUACUCGCGCCGUGUCUACACGAUAUCCCUCUGCGUGACACUUCCCACGAGACUUCGCCCUAUCCUCGCCAUGUUCAGUUCCUGGCCGACCCAUCGGUGGCUCAGAUCAUUCGUGCGCGGUCAUCCUUGACGCAGUAUCUGCGUCAGUUCUUUGUGGACCGGUCAUUUAUGGAGGUUAAUACGCCCAUCAUCGGGGCCGAGGCUGGUGGUGCUAUUGCUCGGCCGUUUUCGACUUCGGCCACAGAGUUCCCGGAUCGUGAGCUGUCCUUGCGAAUUGCGCCGGAGCUGUGGCUGAAGCGGUUGGUCGUUGGAGGAUUCGACAAGGUCUUUGAGAUUGGCCCUUCUUUCCGCAAUGAAGGUAUUGACAAGACACACAAUCCCGAGUUCACGACUUGUGAAUUCUACCAGGCCUACGCCAACCUGGAAGACUUGAUGCGCACUACCGAGGACCUUUUGUCGGGGAUGGCAUCCCAUAUCCAAACCCUCAACCAAGAUGGCACACUUAACCCAACGACUGCCAACUUCGCCACGCCAUUCCGUCGCAUCGAUUUCAUCGGGGGAAUUGAAGAGCGCAUUCAACGGAAACUUCCCGACCUAACCUCCCCCUCUGCUCUCGAUGAGAUUCAUACUCUUUUCCACGACCUUUCCCUCUCCUUACCCGAAAAUGCCACUCUCCCUCGCCUCCUCGACGAAUUGUGCAGCAUCUACGUCGAACCUGACUGCCAAAUCGUCGCCGCACGCGGUGAGCUCUUCAUCGAAGGGAAAGAAGUGGUGAAUACGUACGAAGAGGAGAACUCGCCCUUCGAGCAACGCCGCAAAUUCGAAGACCAGCUGCGCUUCAGCAAGGCCGUCGGAGAACCGGGCGAGGUGGACGAGAACUACCUCGAAGCCCUCGAAUGGGGACUUCCCUCAACCGGUGGCUGGGGAUGUGGCAUUGACCGACUCGCAAUGCUCUUCACAGGGGCCAAACGCAUCGCCGAUGUGCUGCCAUUUGGCACUCUCCGCGCUGUCAGCCGUCGCACUGAGUAA